AGCGUCCUAUAAAAGCCGGGAUCCCACGGUCACACGCGCACGUCUCAGCCUCCGCUCCACGCGCGUUUACGUCCCGGAGAACCCGGAGAACCCGGAGAAGCCGGAACCGCAGGAACCCUCCGUCUAUGGUGGAGACCGAGUCCCCGACAAGGAUGUCCCGGACCGACGAGGUGCACCGCAUCACCGAGAAUGUGUACAAGUCCAUCAUGGAGCAGUUCAACCCCUGCUUAAGGAACUUCAUCGCCAUGGGGAAGAGCUACGAGAAGGCGCUGACCAGUGUCACAUACGCUGCAAAGGGCUACUUCGACGCUCUGGUGCGGAUGGGCGAGAUGGCCAGCGAAAGUCAAGGCUCUAAGGAUCUUGAGGAGGCAGCAUGGGAGGUCCUCUUUCAGAUGGCAGAGGUCCACCGGCAGAUCCAGAUCCAGCUGGAGGAGAUGCUCAAGUCUUUCCACAACGAGCUUCUCACCGAGUUGGAGAAGAAGGUGGAGUUGGACGCCCGCUACCUGAAUGCUGCUCUGAAGAAGUACCAGAUGGAGCACAAGAGCAAAGGGGAGAGUCUGGAGAAGUGCCAGGCCGAGCUGAAGAAGCUGCGCAGGAAGAGUCAAGGCAGCAAACACCCGUCCAAGUACGGAGACAAAGAGAUGCAGUACGUGGAGGCCAUCAGCAGUAAACAGGGGGAGCUGGACAACUACAUCGCCGAAGGAUACAAGAACGCCCUGUCGGAGGAGAGGAGGCGCUACUGCUUCCUGGUCGACCGUCAGUGCGCCGUCGCCAAGAACAGCAGCACCUACCACAACAAGGGUAAGGAGCUCCUGGCCCAGAAGAUCCCGGUUUGGCAGCAGGCCUGCGCGGAACCCAACAAGCUCCCGGACCGGGCCGUGUUCCUGGCCCAGCAGAUGAGUGGAGCCGCGGGGGGCCUGCCCAUCUCUGAGCCCCUCCCUGGGGCCAAACCUCUGCCCCUGCCCCCAGAGCUGGCAGCCCUGAGAGCAGGAGGAGCCCUGGGCCAGCAGAGGCUGAUGGGUGCUGUGGACGGGGCCAUGCCGGUGAUGAACGGCACUGCGGGGGCCCACGGUGUGGACGACUACCAGCAGUGGAUGGAGGGGAAGAUGGCCCAGGGGAAGGUGGCCCCCCAGACCCAGAGACACGGGGGGGACGUCUACUCCAACACCCUGCCCGUCCGCAAGGCCGCCCCCGCUAAGAGCAAGACCACCCUGACUGAGACCCGUACCCUGCCCAGGUCCAGCUCCAUGGCGGCGGGGCUGGAGCGGAACGGUCGGACCCGGGUCCAGGCCAUCUUCUCCCACACGGCCGGAGACAACAGCACCCUGCUGAGCUUCUGCGAGGGCGACGUCAUCACACUGCUGGUGCCCGAGGCCAGAGACGGGUGGCACUACGGAGAGAACGAGAAGAACCGCAUGCGGGGCUGGUUCCCCUUCUCCUACACUCGGCUCAUUUCCGACGCAGACGGUGAAUCCAUGAGGCAGCUGCGAGUUCACAAUCUCCACCAUGGUAAAAGCAGUAGUACAGGGAACCUUCUGGAACGGGACGACCUGACGCUGCCUGUGGCCGACUACGGCGUCCACCCUCGCAUGGCGGCGGCGGCGGCGGCUCAGAGCGCGGUGGCGCUCCACGGCCGACAGCAGCGUCCGUACAGCGUGGCCGGACCCGGAUUCACACAGUCUGGAGUUGAAGAAUAUGAGCCACGCUUCCCCACAAGUUCCACAGAGGGAAAGUUGAUUUCCACAGUGUGAGGACAGACAGACAGACAGACAGACUGACCAAUGGAGGCAGUAGGACAGGCCCCGCCCCCUGAAACCCCCACCGUCCAGGAAGAGGCAAUAGGACAGGCCCCGCCCCCUGAAACCCUCACCGUCCAGGAAGAGGCAAUAGGACAGGCCCCGCCCCC